UGUCGGCCACUGGCUUGUGUGAAAAAAUAUUUUGGAAAAUUUGGCCCAUUUUCUAAAUCAAAAGUGACUUUUUGAUACUCAAAUCAGAUAUCUAUUGUCACCGGCAGAUAAAAAAACAUGUUGUCUGCACGGGGCUCCUUACUUUUACGUGGAUGGAAGCAAAACAUCGGAAAACAUAGCCUCAACUUGAUAUUCCCAAAAAAUGGUCAUGUCGAAACACUGCAAAAUGCACUACGUCUGCCUGUGCAUUCUCACCAUGCAUCAAUCUACACAUUAUCGCCCAUGUUGUCGCAUCCACAUGCACAUGUAUUCAAAAUGAACACAGGUGCACCGUUUAAUACCACGAAGCGGAACCAUUGGUAUCUAAAAGGCAAAAGGACACCAAGAGCUCCACCCACCAAGCAUUUAGAUUUUGACUACUCUGGUGAUAAGAUAAUUGGCUUGCCUGAAGUUGACAAGAGCCUUCCUAGGCUUGGUUACGAAGAAUCUGAUGAAUUGAAAACUGCUGAUGACCAUGUGAGAAGAAUUUAUAGUCUUGAGUUUGCAAAUGGGACACAGGUCAGAAAUUAUUGUAUAGAACAAGCAGUAAAGAAAGUUCAAAAGCAUGAAGGGGACUACAUAUCACCAGAGGCAAAAGUUGCCACGCUCACCAUGAAAAUCCGCAAUCAGAUUAAGUACUGCUUGGAGAGAAGGAAGGACAAGCGAGCUAAAAGUUGCCUGAUUGAAAGGAUACAAAAACGAAAGAAGAUCCUGAAAUUGAUGCAGCGGAAAAAUCGUGACCAAUUUGAAAGUCUCCUUGAGGAAUUUAAGAUUGUUUAUGUACCCCCUCCUGAUUAUUAUAGACAUGUUAGUUACAAACGGAAAUUGAAAAAAGCUGCCAGAGAAAAGGCAAUGGAAAUGAAAGAUGAAAAAAGUAAAAACUUUCGCCUUAGUAUUGAGAAAGAACGUCAAGACUUUUACGCAAAGAAAGAUGAAAUUCUUGCCGAUAUUGAAAAACAAUUGAAAGAGCUCAAUUUAGAUGGACCAACUUUCUUACAAGAGGUGGAUGAGGAAGACGCCAAGCUAGGAAGGCAAUUGAACUCCAAACGAUAUCAGUUCAAACAGAAGUUCCCUGCUGCUAAUAAUAAGUAUAUUACUAUGACUAUAAAACAAUGAGAGCAGAGACUUCCUAGUUUUGCAAACUUUUGGUAUGAUGCUGCCUUAAGAUAUCUGACAACUUUAUGAAGCUAGCAUUAGGACGUUUCUUGAUUGUUUUUUAAAUUGAUGUAAAAAGAGUUAAUAAAAAAUAUUUGAUACAAAA